UAUGGAUUGAAUCUAAGGUCUGAUGCAUCUUAUGAAGAUGAUUUAGCUGCGCAUAAGAAUACAAGCCGGGGUGAUUACCAAACUAAGGAACAGUGUGCUGACGUUUUUCAGUAUAUACUUCCCUAUGCAAAAGCUUCUUCUAAAACGGGGCUCAUUAAACUCCGAAGAGUCCUUAGAGCUAUACGAAAGCACUUUCCACAACCACCAGAUGAUGUUUUAGCUGGAAAUGCAAUAGACAAGUUCUUAGAUGGUCCUGAAAUGUAUGAAGACAAACUCUCUGAGGAAGCAGGAUCCAGUGGCUUUUUGGAAUCCAUGACAAAGAUAUUAUUAUCAGAUCCCGGAAGCCUCAAACAACAGAAAGCAUCAUCAAAAGGAAGUUCUGAGCCAUACCUGGAAGUUUAUAGCAACUUGUAUUAUCUUCUUGCUCAGUCCGAAGAAAUGAAUGCAACUGAUAAAUGGGCUGGCUUUGUUCUGACAAAAGAAGGGGAGGAAUUUGUGCAGCAAAAUGCAAAUCUCAUCAAAUAUGAUUUAAUUUACAAUCUCCUACGCUUGGAGAGUUGGCAGAAACUUGCAAAUAUAUAUGAUGAGGAGGUAGACUUGCUGCUAAAUGAUGGAAGCAAGCAAAUAAAUGUUCUGGUAUGGAGGAAAAAUGCUGUUUUAUCUGAGAGAGUUGAGGCAAGUCGCAGAAGGAGCAGACGAUGUUUGUUGAUGACUUUAGCUUUAGCCAAAACAGCAGAUCAACAGGCUGAGAUACAUGAGUUAUUGGCAUUAGUAUAUUAUGAUGGUCUUCAGAAUGUAGUACCAAUCUAUGAUCAAAGAUCUGUUUUGCCGUCCAAAGAUUCAGCAUGGAUGAUGUUCUGUCAAAACUCAAUGAGACACUUUCAGAAGGCCUUUGCACACAAGGAGGAUUGGUCGCAUGCAUUCUAUCUGGGAAAACUCUCCGAGAAGCUUGGAUACUCACAUGAGAUGUCAUUUUCAUUCUAUGCUAAAGCUAUUGCUUUGAAUCCAUCUGCUGCAGAUUCUUUCUAUAGGAUGCAUGCUUCACGGUUGAAGUUACUUUGCACAUGUAGGAAACAAGAUGAGGAGGCCUUGAAGGUUGUUGCUGCGCACUGUUUCAAUGAAUCGACUCAGGAUACUGUGAUGGAUAUCCUCAGUAAGGUUUGCCCAUCAAUUUCAGAAUCAACGUGCUCCGAGGAUAGAACUCCCGAUGCUUACUUUGUAAAUGAUGUAAAAGGGGAUUCACAUUUUGAAGGGGUGUGGCAGAUGCUUUACAAUGAUUGUCUUUCUGCCCUUGAAAUAUGUGUGGAAGGGGACCUGAAACAUUUUCAUAAGGCUAGAUAUAUGCUUGCUCAAGGCCUAUAUCGAAGAGGUGGGAAGAUGGAUCUAGGGAAGGCAAAGGAGGAACUUUCUUUCUGCUUUAAGUCGGCUCGUUCUUCAUUCACAAUAAACAUGUGGGAGAUUGACAGUAUGGUUAAAAAGGGAAGGCGCAGAACCCAAGGUUGCUCAGGGAACAGGAGAGCCCUAGAAGUUAACUUGGCAGAAAGUUCUCGGAAGUUCAUUACUUGCAUCCGCAAGUACAUAUUAUUCUAUUUAAAACUGCUGGAGGAGACAGGAGACAUAUGUACCCUUGAUCGGGCUUAUUUCUGUCUUAGGACAGAUAAGAGGUUCUCCUUAUGCCUUGAAGAUCUCAUUCCAGUUGCUCUUGGACGAUACUUAAAGGCAUUAAUUUCAUCUAUACAUCAAACUGACCAUAUGUCUUGUGCUGCUAGCAACUCUAGUGAGCAUCAUCUGGAGAAAAUGUUCUCUCUGUUCAUGGAACAGGUAGCCAUGUGGUCUGAUAUUUGUGGCUUACCAGAAAUAAAGAGCUCAGAGUUGACGGAGAGCUGUUUAUUUGGAUAUCUUUAUCGAUAUAUCCAGUCUUUAGAGCAAAAUAUCAAAGUUGAAGCGCUUGAAGGAAUAAAUGAGAAGAUACGCAAGCGUUUGAAGAACCCAAAGCUGUCGAAUAGUAACUGCGCAAAAGUUCAUAAGCAUGUUUCUGCUGCUUGGUGUCGGUCACUUGUUAUUAGCAUGGCCUUAAUAACACCUUUGCAUUCAAGACUCUCUAGUGAAGUGCAAGUUCCAAAUUCGCCAGCUAAUGGAUUAGAGAAUUCACAACUGCUUUGUGUUGAUCUCCAACUGGAUGAACUAUGGAGUUCAUCUUUUGAGGACAUGAAUCAUUUGAAGGAUCUUGAGAGGAAGUGGAACCCUUCAUUGUCUAAGAUAAAAAAUGUAAUAGUAAAGAGAGUUGCAGAUGAAGAUAUGGAAACUGCUUCUAUGUUGCUUAGGUGUUGCUAUAAUUUUUAUAAGGACACUUUUUGUGCAUUGCUCCCAUCAGGUGUAAACCUUUAUAUGGUGCCAUCUCAAUUUGCUACGGAAACAUAUAUCCAACCUGGGAUAGAUGCAGUUGACAUACUCGAUAUGAACACUUCACGGAAGCUACUUUUGUGGGCCUACACACUUCUGCAUGGCCAUUGCACAAAUGUCUCAGCUGCUAUUAAGUAUUGUGAAGAAAAUUCCAAGUCAAGGAUAAAAAAAGGAACUGGAAGCUCGUUGCCUUCAAGUGCAAAUGCAUCUCCUGCCACAGCUUCCAAUAUAGGUGGAGGAAAAGAUGGAACGAGUAAAAGCUCUGAACCAGAUGUUUCCCUAUUAUCAAAUUCGGGCAAUGCACCAUCUUCUGAAACCGAUGGAUCACAAAAGGUUAAACCUCCCAGUUUGCCAGAAACUGAGAAGGCAAGUGGUGCCUCUUUAUCCCAAACGGGGGGCACAAUGAAUGCAUUAUCGACAUCUCUACCUGAAGGAGAGAGUGGUUUCAACAUGACAUCCAUAUCUUUGUCUGAAUCUGUAAGCACUACUUGUCCAAAAGCUGUAUCUGCUGAUCAGGGCCAGAAGGUUUUAUCGGCUGCUCCGCAUUUACAUCAAAACAAUCCUGUUGCUGAGAGCAAGAAAUUGAAUAUGCAGAAUGAUGCGAAACCUGAAAACAUUUGAUGUUGUACAACCUGUUCUAAUCAAUCUGUUCUGCAAUUUUGCGUCGUGACUGGUCUAUUAUUGUAUGUAAGCAGUUCCUUCUUUUCUUGAA